CUCUCUCUCUCUCUCUUUCUCUCUUUCUCUCCGCGAGGAGAGAUAGAGAGGCCUAAUUCUAAUAGGAUCUUUAACCCACCAUGCUAUUCAAACCCCUCAACUUUAUCAUCGUCGCAAUGAUGUUUGGUUUCGGCUUUUUGAUUCUCUUCGUUUCUGGGUUCUUUCAAUACCCAUUUGUCUCUUCGGUACAAUCUAUUCACAAUUCCAAAGUAGCAGUUAAGCGGAACCCAGAUCCUUUCAGGGAUUUGUUGGGUGCUUUCAGAAAAUGGGAUUCUGAGGUGGGUUGUGCUCAGUACAGGGAAAUGCAUAGACAAUUGGAUCAGAAUACUUCUUCUUCUCUGCAAGAUGUUGAUGCUUUUGUUGACUGUGGAGCGAUGAAGAUGAAACAUGUCAGUGUUUUAGUUAAAGGUUGGACUUGGAUUCCUGAUAAUUUGGAUAAUUUGUAUUCGUGCCGGUGUGGGUUGAGCUGCUUAUGGACCAAGUCCACUGUUUUGGCUGAUAAGCCUGAUGCAUUGAUGUUCGAGAGCAGCACGCCUCCAUUCAUGAGGCGAGAAGGUGAUGCACUUCGGGUAUAUAUGGAUCUCGAGGCUGGGAGGAAACGGUCAGGCAAUGAGGAUAUUUAUAUUAGUUAUCAUGCUGAUGAUGAUGUACAGUCAACUUAUGCUGGUGCCCUGUUCCAUAACCAUCGAAAUUAUCAUCUGUCCACUUACAAGAACAAUGAGACACUUGUUUACUGGUCUUCAUCGAGGUGCCUUUCUCACAGAAACAAACUUGCCCAGAGUGUUCUCAAAUUGCUGCCUCACCACUCAUUUGGCAAGUGCCUGAACAAUGUGGGAGGCAUGGAUAGGGCACUUGAUCUCUACCCUGAUUGUGCAAAUGAUGUCAACUCUGCUCCAAAAUGGUGGGAUCAUCUACACUGUGCCAUGUCACACUACAAGUUUGUUCUUGCAAUUGAGAAUACCAGGACAGAGAGCUAUGUAACAGAGAAGCUAUUUUAUGCCCUAGAUUCAGGUGCAGUCCCCAUCUACUUUGGCGCUCCAAACGUGUGGGACUUUAUACCACCACAUUCAAUUAUAGAUGGGACUAAGUUCAGCUCCAUGGAGUCAUUGGCUUCCCAUGUGAAGGCAGUUGCGAAUGACCCUGUUGCCUACGCAGAGUAUCAUGCUUGGAGACGGUGUGGUGUAUUAGGUAACUAUGGGAAGACCCGUGCAGCGAGCCUUGACACGCUGCCAUGUCGGCUGUGUGAACUUGUAAGUAGUAAAGGUGGCAGAAAUUAUAGAACAGUAUAAAGUUGUUUUCUUCAUUCCAUCCUUAUGAUGUUACUUUUUUGUUCUUUGGCUGUUGUAAUUGGUUAUUUUAGAAUGUAUACAGGAAACACUGAACAUCCUUUGGAAUUUUAAUGAAAUUUUGUUCGAGACUCUGAUUUUAAGAU